GGUUAAAAUGAAAAUUUUAGUGUCACUUUUAACAUUCUUAAUAUUACUAAAUUCUUAUAGUUGCCAGGGUAGAAGAAAAAGACCUGAAGAUAAGACAAAAUGUCCCAAAGUCAAGGCAAUACGAAACUUCGAUUUGGAAAAAAUGAUGGGUGAUUGGUAUGUAAUUGAAUAUUACGCUAGUUCGGAAGAAGCUUUAUCAUACAGGUGUAUGCACGCUGAAUUCUCCAUGUCUACUUUACAGGUCACAAUGAAUUUUACAUACAGUUUUACCGAUGAUCCAAUUAAUGAGCAACUUUUGGGAAAUAUUACUUGGACUAUUCCGGACCCUGCACAACCAGCUCAUUGGACACAUUCUGAAGAUACUUAUGAAGGAAUUUACAACACCUACGUCUUAGACUCAGACUACACAUCUUGGUCCCUGCUUUUGCACUGCGCCGAAAAAUCCAAGGUACCCAGAUACCUAUCAAGUUUUAUAAUGAGCCGCGAACCAGUGCUGGGACGAAAUGUUAUUUCCUACUUAAAAGACAAAUUACCUAGAUACGACAUUGAUCUUCACUAUAUGUUCGAAAUGAAUCAAGUCGAUUGCAGUGUGGUGGAUGAGGUAAUUCCACCGUCAGUUUUAGUCAAUAGAUUGCCGGUGUCUACAAGAAGACAUCCCAUGAAACAUAAUCACAUAUAAAUUAUUACUUACUUAAGAC